CUGGCGGCGGCGCGCGGCCGCGUCCCCGUGGCCGUGAAUGAGCGCGGGGGGCGGGAGCGGAGCGGAGCGGGGAGCGGGGAGCGGGCGGGCCGCGCUCCCACCGCGCUCCCACCGCGCCCCACCGCGCCCCACCGCGCCGCGCCGCUCCGCCGCGCCCCACAAAAGUGCGGGGUUGCCGCGGUCGGGCCCAGCCCAGCCGCUUCCCGGGCCGGAGGGGGCGCGGAGCAGCCGCCGUGCCGAGCCGUGCUGUGCUGAGCCGUGCCGAGCCGAGCCGAGCCGCUGCGGGGGGCGCUGAGCCGCUGCGGGGGGCGCUGCGCCGCGCCGUGCCGGGCUGGGUUUUUUAUUUCCAAUUUUUGAUCGCAGCUGCAUUUCCCUCCCCCCGCCCCCCCGCGCCGAGGAGGAGCCCCGGCUUUAUGUGGUGCUGCCCGGAGAGCGCUCGGCGGCCGUGAAGUUCUUUGUGUCGCCGUCGCCUUUUUUUUUUUUCUUUUCUUUUUUUUCUUUUCUUUUUAAAUGUAUAACUUAAUGGGUCUGAACAGCACGGCCGUAGCUAUUCAGCCCAAUGUGUCCUGCACAUGCAACUGCAAAAGGUCUUUGUUCCAGAGCAUGGAGAUCAGCACUGAAUGUUUAGGUCGCACCUUUCCAGGUAAACUGGCGGAGUUGGAGUUUGUACAGAUAAUCAUAAUCGUGGUGGUGAUGAUGGUGAUGGUGGUGGUGAUCACGUGUCUGCUGAACCACUACAAACUCUCUGCGCGAUCCUUCAUCAGCCGGCACAGCCAGGGGAGGCGGAGAGACGAGAACCUCUCAUCAGAGGGAAGCCUGUGGCCUUCAGAAAGCACCGUGUCGGGGAAUGGAAUAACAGAGCAGCAAAUCUACACCCCGAGACCCAGCGACCGCCUGGCGGUGCCAUCCUUUCUGCAGAGGGACCGCUUUAACAGAUUCCAGCCAACCUACCCCUACAUGCAGCACGAGAUCGACCUGCCGCCCACCAUCUCGCUCUCGGACGGCGAGGAGCCCCCCCCGUACCAGGGACCCUGCACGCUGCAGCUGCGGGACCCCGAGCAGCAAAUGGAGCUCAACAGAGAGUCGGUCCGGGCCCCCCCCAACAGAACCAUCUUCGACAGUGACUUGAUAGAUAACUCCGUGUACGGGGGGCCGUGCCCCCCCAGCAGUAACUCUGGCAUCAGCGCGACCUGCUAUGGGAGCAAUGGUAGGAUGGAGGGACCACCGCCCACGUACAGCGAGGUGAUAGGGCACUACCCCGGGUCGACGUUUUACCAGCACCAGCAGAACAACGGGAUGCCCUCCAUCUUGGAGGGCAGCAGACUCCAUCAUUCACAAAUCAAUGGCCUUGAGAGCACAACCGCGUGGAACAAAGAGAAAGAGAAACAAAAAGGGCACCCCUUUUAAAAAAAAAAAAAAAAAAAAAAAAAAAAAGAAAAGGAAAAAAAGAGAAAAAAGCAAGAAAGUAAAUGAAACACUCUGCACUUGUCAUUAAAAGAAAAAGGGGAGAGAGAGAGAGAGAGUUGAGGAAGAUGAGCAAAGAAAAAAAAAAAAGCCCUUCCCCAUCUCUCCAUGUAUAAAUAUUUACUUGUUAUGUCUGGUCUGAAUGCACAAGCCUACCAAGCUUGCAAAAACAUUUCUUUAUUGAGCUGUGUCUAGACGUUUAAAAAGGAAAAAAAAAAAUCAACUGUAGUCUUUUUUUUUUUUUUGGUUUCUAGUUGAGCUGUGUGUGAAUGCUUUUUUUUGUUUGAUUAUUUCACUUAUCUUUAAAGACAAAAUAUUUGCACAAAAAACAUUUUGUUUAAAGAUCUGCAAUAUAAAUAUAUAAAUAUAUAUUAAAAAUAAGAGAAAGUGUAUGUGUAAGGAGCAGGAGUAUUUUUGUAUUAGAAGAGGCCUAUUCAAAAAAAAAAAAGUUGUUUUCUGAACUAGAAGAAAAAUGGCAAUUUUUUGAGUGCCAACUCAAAAAGCGUGUAUUACAUUGUAAAAAAACAAAAAAACAAAAAAAAUCAAAAGCAGGGGUUUAGAGUUAUUUAUAUAAAUGUUGAAAUUUUGCACUAUUUUUUAAUAUAAAUAUGUCAGUGCUUGUGUUGGUCAAAGCCUCUAUCAUACCUACCGUGAACCUGUUAAGGGAUAUAUAUAUGUGGAAGUGAAGAACAAAGUAGCUGGAAGGGGGUGGAAAAAGGCUGAAGUGGAGAUGCCAGCCCUGGGAGGAGCGGUGAGCGAGACUGCAUCUUAUGCAAAUCCUUAAUUUCCAGAGUCCCUGCACGUGGCCGCCGACAGUCACGGCUUUAUACAUUCCCUACAAAGCAAGAGGAGUUGGUGUGUGUCUGUAUCUCAUCCCGUAGGAUUAUUGGAGUAAAAAGGUAAAAUAAAAACUCCCUGCUUCUGAGAGUCAGUAAUGACUGAAGCAGACAAAAAUUACUUGAUUUUUUUUUUUUUUUUUUGGACAACCUCUAACUUUUUGGAGGGGGGUGGUGGGGGUGAGAAUAAACUUCUGUGUCUGAAGGAACAAAGUGUUUUUUGGUUUAUUUCUUUCAAUGUUCAACUGAAGGGCCCUAUUUGGAGCUAAAGCGGUGAUUGUGGAAGUUACUGUGAGUAAAUGGUAACGUGCCCACCGGCUGCCUUUCAGCUGGGGUUUAAAUAGCUCAUUGGAAGUACGAGCGGAAAAGCGUGGUGGUGGUGAAAGGCAUUUUCAUUUUGUAUUAACCUCCCAAACCUCUGUUUGGGAUGAACGGGCGCAGCCGUGUCUCGCAGCUCCGCCAUCCCCUGGGCUGCCUCCGGUCAUCGUUAUUUUUUACUUUAUUAUCUUAGCUAAAGAGGCGUCAGAUACAGUAGAUGGAAACGAAUCUGCUCCUGUGAUGUAUUAAUUAAAGGCUAAAGAAAUACGCUUAAGGCUUUAGAAGCAAACCCCCUUUACCUCUUCCGAAGAUGCCCUCACCCGCAGCAGCACGGUCCCACCGCAUCCCACCCACGGUCCCGCGCCCGGCGUCGUGCGUCUUUAAUUUAUCUUGGUUUUUUGGAAGCAUUUUGUCUUACUAUGCUAUUGUUUACAUUUUUAUAUUGCGUAGGUGUCUGGUAGGUGUUUUACCCUCGUGGUGAAUUUGUACGUGAUGGAGUGAGCGAGUGAGAAACCCGAGAGCGCGUGCGAGAGAGAAAAGAAAAGGGAUGAAGCUGUUCCCGGUCCCAUCUCCCCGGGCGGGAGAGCAUCUCUCCGAGCGCGAGGAAGGGUCGGUAGGGGAACCACGGAGAGCGAAGCUUUUACAAGGAGGUGUGAUUUCAUUUUCCGCAGGAUGCUAUCUAGUAGAGUGACAUAAAUGAAAGAUAUAAAGGCAAUAACUAUUGUUUUUAAGCAACUUUUCUAUUACUUGAAGAAAAAAAAAAAACAAAAAAAACCCCCACAAAAAACCCUGAGAACGGUUUUGAAGUUCUGACCAUUUGAACCAUAUUUAUAUAUAUUUUAAAGAAAAUGGUGAAUAGCUGAACUUGAAGUUUGAUCAUUAUUUUUUGCUUUAUUUUUGCCUAGAAAUAGUCCUGUACCUUCUCAAUAUUUCAAACUGCUUUUCCACAGCUCUUGAAAUCGUCAUAGCUUUACAGUCGUGUAACCUAAAUUUUGAUGACCUAAAAAAAAAAAAAAAGCCACAAAAAAAAAAAAGUCAUGCAAAGGAAUAAAUCUAGUUUGUCGUGAAAGGUACAAAAGUGAUGAAUUUAUACGAGUUUUUAAAAUGUAUCUUUCCUUUAUGUAACAUGUCUAUUUAGUGCCUUAUUAAAGAAAGAGUAACCCUCCCUUUUUAAAGAGGGGGGGAAAACAAAAUCAUCGUUAGCGUCACAAGUUAACCAGCGUCUGGUCUCUUGCUCCUUUGGACCUUGCGUUCAAUUUUCCAGUCCCUUCUCUCCCAGCAGCUCCCCGGAGCAGCUCCCCGCGCCCGCUGCUCUGCUCCGACUCGUUGUAAGGGAACUUGACCACGUUUAUGCACAUUAUCCUACCCGGGGAGGUAGGAAACUGUGGUGGAUAUUGUAAAUGAGAUACCAACCAAAAGAGAAACUGAAAUAUAAUAUCUACUGCCCUCUUGAGCCAAAAUGCGUGAAUAGUG